AUGCAGGCACCGGUGGUGGUAAUGAACACCAACUCUGGUGAGCGACAGGUCGGUCGCAAGGCUCAGCUUUCGAAUAUCACUGCCGCAAAGACUGUCGCGGACAUCAUUCGGUCAUGUCUGGGACCUAAGGCCAUGCUGAAGAUGCUGCUCGAUCCUAUGGGCGGUAUCGUCUUGACUAACGAUGGACAUGCUAUUUUGAGAGAAAUCGAGGUGUCGCACCCGGCGGCAAAGAGCAUGAUUGAGCUCAGUCGUACUCAGGAUGAGGAGGUCGGUGAUGGAACUACGACCGUUAUUAUUCUAGCUGGUGAGAUGCUCGCUCAGGCCCUCCCUCAGCUCGAACGUAACAUUCACCCCGUCGUCAUUAUCUCUGCCUUCAAGCGUGCCUUAGCGGAUGCCCUUGCCAUUGUGGAAGAGGUCUCGAUCCCUGUUGAUAUCGACGAUGAUAAAGCGAUGUACACUCUCAUCCAGUCGUCCAUCGGGACGAAGUUUGUUUCCAGGUGGUCCGAGCUGAUGUGCAGCCUGGCCCUGAAGGCUGUGCGAACCGUUUCCUUCGAUGCCGGUGGUGGAAAGAGGGAGGUUGACAUUAAGCGGUAUGCUCGUAUUGAGAAGAUUCCUGGUGGUCAGAUCGAAGACAGUGAGGUUAUCGACGGUGUGAUGGUGAACAAGGAUAUUACCCAUCCUAAGAUGCGGAGAAGAAUUGAGAACCCUCGGGUCGUCUUGCUUGACUGCCCACUGGAAUACAAGAAGGGUGAAUCUCAGACCAACAUCGAGAUUACGAAGGAGGAUGACUGGAACAGGAUCCUGGAAAUUGAGGAGGAACAGGUUAAGCGCAUGUGCGAUGCCAUUUUGGCCGUCAAGCCUGAUGUUGUCAUCACGGAGAAGGGUGUUUCGGACCUCGCACAGCACUUCUUGAUGAAGGCCAAUAUCACAGCUCUCCGCCGAGUGAGGAAGACGGAUAACAACCGUAUCGCUCGUGCUACUGGCGCGACGAUCGUGAACCGGGUCGAUGACCUCCAGGAGUCUGACGUAGGAACGGCUUGCGGACUGUUCGAAAUCGAGAAGAUCGGCGAUGAAUAUUUCACUUUCCUCAGGAAAUGCCAGAACCCGAAGGCUUGCACCAUCCUUCUACGUGGUCCCUCUAAGGAUAUUAUCAACGAGGUUGAGCGCAACCUUCAGGAUGCUAUGGCCGUCGCCCGGAAUGUCAUCUUCCACCCACGACUGUCCCCUGGCGGUGGUGCUAUCGAGAUGGCAGUUUCUGUCAAGCUGGGCCAGUUGGCCAAGUCUAUCGAGGGUGUUCAACAAUGGCCUUACAAGGCCGUUGCUGAUGCUAUGGAGGUUAUUCCCCGGACAUUGGCUCAAAACGCAGGAGCCAGCCCUAUUCGUGUUUUGACUCGCAUGAGGGCCAAGCACGCCGAAGGCCACACCACAUGGGGUCUUGAUGGUGACUCGGGUGCCCUGGUGGAUAUGAAGGAAUAUGGCGUCUGGGAACCUGAAGCAGUGAAACUCCAGAGCAUCAAGACUGCUGUCGAGUCCGCAUGCCUACUUCUCCGUGUUGAUGAUAUCUGCAGCGGCAAAUCUGCACAGCAGGUGGGUGCCAACCUCGGUGGUGGCGAUGAAUAA